CGAAACGACGACGUAUGAGUUCGCUAAUAUGGUUUGGUUGGUCCAGUAGAAGUACGACUCUUGGUCGUCAGCAAGCUUCAAUGGCAGUGAACGGUACGAAGAAGAAAGGUUAUGGAUGGGCGGUUUCAGCGGGACUCUGUGCAGCCCUUGCCGCCAUUUCUGCCAAGUUCAUUACCCCACAGCUUGUUAGGUAUGUUAUGGUUAUAGUUUUCAAUGUGGUGAUGUGGGGAUGCUAUGUAAAUAGCCUGAAAGCUCUCUCCUCUCUGCAAGCAACUGUGACCAACUUUGCAACCAACUUCCUUUCUUCUGGUUUAGCUGGAUUUUUCCUCUUUGAUGAACCACUGCCAUUGAAGUGGUUUGCAGGUGCCCUGCUUAUUGUAGUUGGUGUAUUCAUACUCAGCAAGUCAAGUGUAGAAGAGAAAACAAGCAAGGACUAAAAUCCUUCAUCGCCUUUCAACCAUCACCAGACUUUUGAGCUAUUUUGUUCAGCUUUCUUCUUCAUUCAGCUGAAGAGUUCAAGUGCAGGUUAGCUGAAAUCUGGUGCAGUUGACGAUUAUCGGGAGACUGUUUUUGCAGGUACAUAAACAAAAGAAUUGAGCAUCAAAACCAUUGUUAGAUGUAGUCAUUUAGCUAUCCUUUCUUUUAGAUGAUCAGAAGCAUGUUUCUUAUGUUCGAAUUUUCUUUUAAGGAUCCCGGUCUUCUUUUUCUUUCCAGAAUUGCAAUUUCAACGAUUUCAAUUUCUAUUGAGUUUUUCGUCCUUGA